GUCCUUAUAACCAGAAAGCCAGAUUUUCCGGGACUCACAAACACAACAGGAACACUGGAGACCACGUCGUCGCGCGCACGGAACCGUUUUCCGGAGACGAAACUCUGGCUUCCUCUCCCCAAAAAACACUUUUUUCCCCGGAUUACUCCCCGGUUGCUCCACACCCUUCAUGACCGCGAGCGGACGACCAGAAGCCGCCAUGGAUUUUCUCAACCACAACUAUUUGAACGCGCGCGGCCCGUACGACUACACUUUUAAUUUCUGGAACGACUAUCUCGGGCUCACCACGUUAGUCACGAACAACAACAACAAGCUCAGCAUCCCCCAGAACCCCAACUCCAUCACCGAGUCUCUGAAGGCGACCCUGGGCUUGGACGACUCCCCGCCGUGUCCGUGCGUAAUCGCGGGCGGCGUCGGGGACAGCGGGCACCUGGACUGCUGCUGCCCGUCCGGAAGCCCCCCGCCGCCGGCCUCCAUCCUGGACUUGAAGGAGCGCUUCUCGAUCCUGAGCCCGUUCCAGAACCAGCUGGGCGUCCACCUGCCGGAGCGGGAGGCGGUGGGCUUCGGCGGGAGCUUCGCCGGGUUCGAUCUGUUCGGCAUGGAGCGCAAGAUGCGCAAACCCGCCUCCAGGAGCAAGCAGGAGCCCAAAAUAUGCGUCUUCUGCCGAAAUAACGGCGCGCCGGAGGAGGUGUAUGGCUCUCACGUGCUGAAGACGCCCGACGGGAGGGUCGUGUGCCCGAUUCUGAGGGCGUACACGUGUCCCCUGUGCAGCGCCAACGGGGACAAUGCGCACACGAUCAAAUACUGCCCGCUGUCUAAAGACCAGCCGUCCCAGAGACCGUUAAAGGGAGGGAGGGCAGUGGGUGGUAAGAGGAUGAAAAUAUUCUAAACAGACUAUAAAGUAAAUUUUAAUAUUGCACUGAACUAUUUCCAGAUGACUGUUUUUUUAAAUUUUAGGCUUUAGCCUUUAUUCCAGUUUCAUAAACAUUGAUUUUAUCUUCUUUUUUCCUCCCCUCUCUAAGAUCUCUUAUAUUUUUAUAGUUCUUUUAUCCACAUAGAACAAUUGUUAUGCUUUAUACAUCGGAUUUAUUUUUCUCGCGAUAUAGUUUAUAGUCAUUUGUGCGCGUGCGCAUACGAAACUCAUAUAUCUCUAGUCACACAGUGUGGAGAGAAGUAUUUUGGUCGCGUGGGAGAGGAACACACACUGACAUGUUGGCAAAAGGGGGGAUGAAUAUUCAGAUUUCUUACCGAGUAUUUUUGUACGUCGAGCUGAAAGAAGAAGAAGAAAAGCUCGCAGCGAUAUUUUUUUGUUCUUCUUCUUUUGUUCUUUUUUUUCUCGUCUUUAGAAAACCAAAGUUAUGUUUGCCAUUAAAAGAAGCUCAAGAAUGUGUCA